GAGCUCUUCAAUCUUCUGCCUGGCGAAGUGCUCGAUCUGGUCCUGCAGUCUCUGAAAGGAUCACACCUGGAUAAAAACAGUGAGAGCUGUGCGACGUGUAUGAUGCGCGAUCUCUGCAGCGCCGCCCUCUGCAGCCGUAGAUUGUACAAACACGCCCGCGUAGCUUUAUAUGAAGAUAUCCAGCUCGUUGGCUCAGAUUCAGCCACGCACAAAAAGAAGUUUAAGCAAAAUCAAGGCAAUCGUAUGACCAUGCUGCGACGCACUUUGCGCACCAACCCGAACAUCGCCUCCUUGGUACGCUCGUUAAAGGUGCCUCACCCAGAGCCGCCGUUGAACUGGUCCGUCUCAAAGGGCAUGCUAUGGCUGGAGCAGUAUGAAGAUCAGGUAGCCACGCUGAUUAUGGCUUGUCCCAAGCUGGAGAGACUUUCGGGCCCAACACCAAACUACGACCACUCGUUCAGAAAAAUGUUCCACGCGUUGUCGACGAGGAGGUGCUUAAAGGACAUGACUUGGAUUAUCGAUCCUGCAUCCACACCGGCGCAACAGCAAGGAGGGCAGCGGACCGACUCACCGUCCAAACAACGUGGACAAAGCGGCCCAUCUAUGCUGGAGCCAUCCCAAAGAGACGCCUUUCUCGAUAGCCAUCGUAACUGGUCCUCUCUAACUAAUCUGUCGAUACUCUGUCAGCCCGGUGCCACAUUAGCUCCCCAUAGACUCCUAUCAAAAACACUAACACAUCUCCCUUCGCUUCAACAUCUCCAUCUCUGCAACCUCCCACCAAACGCCUUCAACGACAACAACCUUUUAUCUUUACCUCCGCUCAAGUCCCUGAUCCUCUCCCGCAUCGUGGGCAUCACCUCCAACGGCCUUACAUCCUUUGCCACUCGCAGCAACACCUCACAUCUCCAGCGCCUCGAGCUCCGCAACACGCCCUUGACAUCUCUUCCGGCUCUCGCCCGCAUCUUCUCCCAUCUCCCCGCCCUAAAGUAUUUCUACCUCGCGCAAUCCUUCCCUCCCGUGAUGCCGGAAACCGACUCCUUUGCGCUCUGGAUGAUGCCCUACCUCGCCUCAUCCACCAUCGUGAAGCUUCACUGGGACAUCACCAGCCACCCCAACACCACCAACGAAGCAGACGAUAUCCUCGCUCGAAGCAUCGACGCCGGCGGCUUCCCAGCCCUCACCACCCUCCGAACGCCCAACGACCCCGAGGGCCGCUUCCAAGCCCUCUGCCGCCCCGUGGACCACAUCAUCCUCCCCAACGACCGCUUCCAGCGCCUCAACGCCAUGGGCGGCAUCCCCGCCUCCGGAUCCUUCAGCGCGCCCUCAUCGCCAAUCUCGCCCCUCCACAAAUCCGCCACGACAAUGUCCCUCCCAUUAACCAUCUACGCCACGCCUCUUCCAGGGACAGACCUCCAAACAGCCCGUCUCGCCGCCCAAUCACGCCUCGAAGCCGCCCACAACGCCCCUCGCUUCCGAUUCACCAUUGCCGCCGACGACGGCCUGGCCCAGACGCUUGGCACCGUCGGCUUCAUCGGCACGCUGGGCAGCAAGAUUUCGUACCACCUCUUGCCGGAUGACGGGGCAACAGACGAGCAGGGCGGGCUCGUGGACGUGGCUGACAUGGUGGGCGAUGGCGGGGAGGCACUCAGCGGCAGUAGAGAAGGCUGUACAGGGCGAUGGAACCAGAAGGAGGGCGAGGUGGCUGAUAAGAAGGAGAAGGAGAAGUGGUGGCAUACUGAGAGGGGAAGAUGGCAGAGA